AUGCUUCAUCAUGUGGUCCGUAGGUGGAGCGCUGCUACCCAUACCUUUGUGUGCUCAUGGGGAGAGUUUACCCCUACCCUUGAAGAUGUGGCGAAUAUCUCCCGCCUUCCAAUUUGCGGUGACCGGAGUCUCUUCGACAUUGCUCUCACCCCGGAAGAGGUAGACCAGCUUGAAAUUUUGCGGAGAGGCGCUCCUACUUCUCCCAGCACCUCUCUUCGGUUCAGCAACUGGAUACAGUAUUUCAGUGAUGCAACCAGGCAAGGACCUUGCCGGUUGGCUGCAUUUAUAGCUCUGUGGCUUGGGCAGUUCGUGUUUUUAUGGGAGCGUCUCAAAGGAUUGGAUGUACAUUCACUCCCUCACUCACAUGCUAUGAAGCUAGCCGAUUGGGGCAAGGGUUCUUAUAUGCCGGAAAGUCUUCCCUUAGUCUGUAGAUGGUUUAAACGGAUGCAGAGGAAAGGCCAGAACUUUCUGAAGCUGUUGGAUAACGUUGAGAACUUUGUCUUUCGCCCUUAUGGCACCUCGGCAGAGACCUUCACCUUUGUGUCCUUUUAUGCUAAUGUUAGUGACACCGUUGAGGUUCCAGCAACCGUGUCACAAAGUGGCCAGUUCAGAAAGUAUUCCAUGUUGAACGUUGCUUCUAUCCCGCUGCCUACUCUUGGAGACAGUCUCUUGGAGAUUUUUGUACCUUACUCACCUCAUCGGGAGUACCGAGCAAUCCUAACCAUGCUGACCCCUUCGUGCUACACAGCGUCUUCUGGAGCAAUGAAUCUAUACCAAACAGUUGUAGGCCCCUUGUUUUAG